AUGGUUAUCAACUUGCUUGACAGUGGAGUUGAGCAGAAAACGGGAAGUUUGGUUCUUGAGGUUUUCUACGGCAGAGAGAGUAUAGAUAGGAAAUUGGAUUAUAUUUUGGUUGCUCUUAAUAUAGAGUUUUGUUAUAUUGAAACUGUAAAAUGUGCUGACCAAAAUCAUAGUGGUCAGCCGUUGACCAUUGAAAAUAAAGAUAUCUUACGAUACAACAUUAAAUUUAUCGUUCCAUCCACUAAGCAUUGUCUUUAUCGAAGUUAUGACUUUGGGUUUCCCAAGUCUCAGAACAAGCAAGUCCAGACAGUGGCAUUUACUUCAAAAUAUGCAUCACAGCAAGUUGUUUCUUCAAUGAUUGUUGACAAUGAAGUUCAAACAGAAGUAGAACCAGUUGUUACUUUAACGCUUGUUGACAAUGAAGUCCAAACAGAGGUGGAGCCAGCUGAUGAUCACUACAUGCAGAUACCACGUUUUGACUGUAAAAGUAUUAUGAAGUCGCAUCCAUCCAAAUUCCGUCCCCUUUGCCCAGCUGUGUCCAAAAUAUUGCAGCUCACAGACUCCGAUAAUGAUUCCAAGAACCUGGUCACAGUUUCAAGAAUCGUUGAAAUCCGCAAUGGAAUAGUAACCUAUUCACCAGAUUUGAAGUUAAUAAGUUGUGCCACAACAGGCGGUGAUUUUGAUUUUCAUUGUUCUUCUAAUGUCACAGACAUGACAAGAAUUGGUGAACACACUGUUCUAGCCACAAUUCCUUUCCGCAAGAAAAUAGUUUUCAUUAAUCCAUCAAGUUUCCACAUAAAAUCUCUGGAUUAUAGUUUCUUUACAAUUUCUUAUUUCGAACAUUCUACAUUUGUAGGGACUGAAAUGUUUAGUAAGACAAUAUAUCUCAUAGACUGGGAUAAAAAUAAAUUUGAAGAAAAAUUUAGUGUGAAAGAAAUUGUUGGAAACAUAGCAGUUGGUCCACAGUAUCAUAUCUUAAUAGCCUUAGAUAAUAUAAAUAGAAUUAGCUGUUACACAAUAGAUGGCAGACACUUGUUUCAGUUGAGGACCCAUUCCAUCGAUAUUCCAACCGACCUCACCGUAUAUCGAAAUUAUUCUUACGCUGUGCAAGGAAAUGUAAUUUACAAGAUUUCAGCAAACGGUGCUGUGUCCCAAAGAGAAAUUGGGAUAAAAGCUCGAUAUAUUUGUGUGGCAACAAAUAAUAUUUACUUGACUGACCGUUUUGGUCUUGCACACAUUAUUAGGACAAAUAAAGAUUUUUGGCCUCGGCUGUCUUACCAUCACCAAGACCAUGUCCCGAGCCUGAUAAACCAAAUCCAUAUUGAUGACCCCUCCAACAUUACAACGAUUCUACCUAUGUCAGCCUCUUCAGUAGUAAUUAUAUAUCGGGAUCUAAAAGCUAUAUUAGUUACUGACGAAGGGCAACCGUUUGGUGGAAAAUGUUUAACUUUUAAACUCCAGCCUUCUGUUUUCUGUAGAGUGGAUUCGAACACAUUUCUUGUCCUUUUUAGUGAGGACAGGAAACUUCAAUAUAUUACCUGUCCACAACUAACUGAAGGUGAUUUAAUAGACGUCGAAAGCAAUUACAUUCAAAUGUGUCAUAUGGUAUCAAAUAGGAGUUUGGCUCUGACCACCAAUGAAGGUAAAGUGGAGGUACAUAUUUUAUUGAUUAAAACGGAUCAUGUCGACAUUGUAAACAGAAUUUCAUUGGAACAUGACAAUGUCGCCAUUGCUGCUACUCCAAUUAAUUUUGUAGUUGUAGACAGAAAGAAACUUAACUUGUUAUUUUAUUCAAGCUUUGGUGAGGAGCUUUCCAAGAAACACAUUGAGUUCAAUGGCUAUCCUCAUCAUGUUUUCACAGACAAAUUAUACUUGUAUGUUAUCUUCAGGAGAGAGUCUUUGAUGACUUGUUACAAUAUAAUUGGACAAAGGAAAUGGCAGUUGAAACUUCCUUCAAACUUUCGCUGUCACGCUGCUGUUUUCCAAGGAACAGCUUAUGUGCUGGACGAUCUACUCAGUCAGAUUCUUCUUUACAAGUACCAUGACUGGUCAGACUGUCAUGUAACCUUUCAAAACCCUUAUAAUAAAAAUCUAAAUAUUCGACUCGAAGAAAAGGAGAAUGACCAAGUUCUAAUUGGUGAAAUAUGUCAUCUGGCAAAUGGACAGUUGGUGUUGUCCGACAUAUAUAAUGAUUGUUUGCUAUACAUUUCCAACGAAGGGAACAUUGUGUCUAGAUUAUCUCUGCCGUCUACAGCUACAGAUAUAUGUCGAUGGAAUUAUAAUCAGAUAGGCGUCACAUUACCUCUAGAGAAGCAAUUACGGGUCUUCGGAAACGUAUCAAAGGCAGUUAUAAGUGUAUCAUUAAACCAGCCUUAUGUACGGGUGUGUAAGCUGGGUGAAAGUCAUAUUAUUUGUUAUUGCGAUAAACCAUCGCAUUUAGAUAUUUUAAACAUUAACAAUUGUAAUCAAGUUCAAAUAAUUCAUAGAAUUAAUAUUCCUUUUGUAAUGAAAUCAUUAUCAUUAGAAAAUGAAACACUAAAACUAUUGAUUAUUGGUAAGAAAGCAGUAUUCUUCUACAAGAUCAUCAGGAGGAGGAGAAGCAGUGUUUUACCAUCCCAAGUGAAAACACCCUCCAAUCUCUAUGGUGAUGGUGGUCCUUAUAGCAUUGAGAUGAUACCCAAUAUUUUACUGUCGCAAGGGAAAACACAAUCCAAUCUCUAUGGUGGACGUAUUGAUAAAAUGUGUGUUCAUUUGAUAGACAACAGCCGCAUGUUUGCUGUAAAUGAGCAUGACUUGCUGGUGAAAGAUCAUGUCACAAGAAGCCAAAUUAACAUGUUCAUCGAUCUGGUAGAUGUAUUUUCUAGAAACAUCAGUCUCAGUGAAAUGUUGUCUUCUAGAUUGUAUCUACAAGAUCUCACAGUUUCUGAUAAAGCUCAUGAAGUUGUUGUUCUUCAAAGUUUUGGAGAUAAACAUCCAGUGGAGAUUGGUUGUUUGGUUAUUACAGAAAAUAACCUGGUUGCUUUAUAUGACAGCACAAAUCAAAACAUUAAGAUAUUAACUUUUGAUGGUCAGCUUGUUGACUCUAUCAAGUUAAAUGUUGUCCCUAGACAUAUGUGUUGCUGGCGAUCAAACACAUUGGUUAUAACGACCAAUAACUAUCAACUUCUGACAUUAAAAGUGGAAUUUCCACUGAUCUUGGCAACUUACCACACGGAAAAUAGAUACAAUUGUAUCGCUUGUCGAUCCGACAAUCUACUGGUGUGUAGCAGUAGCAGUAGUAGUAGUAGUAGUAGUAGUAGUAGUAGUAGUAGUAGUAGUAGUAGUAGUAGUAGUAGUAGUAGUAGUAGUAGUAGCAGUAGUAGUAGUAGUAGCAGCAGUAAUGUUGGUGGUGGUACCUGCAUACCCGAAAUUGAAAACGGCCUGUUUUAUAUAUAUAUCGAUGAAAUACAGUCAGCUGUCCGUAUUAUGAGAGAAAUAGACUUAUUUUGGAUGUGCUACAGAUAUAAUAUCACCCAUAUCUCAGUUAUUGCUAAUUACAACAUCAUCGUCAAUACCGAGAGGCUCAUCACUAUUCUGAACCCGAACGGGCAAUAUUUAUAUUCAUUUAAGCACAGUAUUUAUUCCCGACCCAUUUCUAUGGCAACCGAUGAUACUUAUUUGUACAUUACUGGACGGAAGAACAUCUAUGAAAACACGAAAAAGUAUCGUAUUGUCUCAUUGUUGCAGAACGGUGAAUACAAGAGAAUAUUCUUAAAUGAAAGAAAUUAUAAACGUCCGUUGGAUUUCAACAGUAUUAACUGUAAAGGCCCGAGAAUUGUUGCAAACUAUGACUCGUACUUAUAUAUUGAAGGUUUGUACAAGAUUAAUCGGGAAAAAUUCCCCGUUUCACGGUUACAAACAAACGAUUGUCCUGUUCAAGUAAAAGAUAUCGAUAUCUCUGAUGAAGGAAAGACAGUUGUGUGCGAAAUGGCCAAUAAUGGAAAUGUUAAACUAUUUGAUGAAGACGGGAAGUUGCUAUGUUACAGAGAUUUUGGAAGUUUUGUUGGUGGUGUAUGUUUUACAGGAGAAAGAAAUAUCUUGGUUACACUCCCUAACAGACAAGAAAUAUUUCAGCUGAAGUCACAAAACUUGGAGAAAUAUAAAGUUUGGGAAAGUCGAGUACCUUAUGGUAUAAUAUGGAGAAAAGUGGGAAAUAUUUACUGGUGUGUACAUAUCAACAUGAUUGAAUGUGAUACUAUAAAAAUUGAUGGGGACCAACUGAAGGUUCUGGAAUCUGUGCCGUUAUCAAAUCUUGAUUUUGGCCUUCAUUUCCCUUCCAUUACAUCUCAGAAGAAGGGAAUGUUCAGUAAUGAAUUAUUUAACAAACUUAAAAACGGUGGCGAUGGAGGAGAAAGAAGUACAUCAAGGAAAAUAGAAGUAAGACGUGGUAAUUACAUAGCGGAAAGUAAGUUAGGAAUUUAUGAAAUAUCAGUGAGAAGACUGCCACAUAGAACAGCAAUGUUCCCGCUUUCAUUUUCUCUAUCUGGUUUACUAGAUUCAAAUUCGAUGUUUUGUUUUCUUAAUGCUUUUAAGCUAAUUAUGUUACAAGACAAUAGUAUCGUCGUGCUCCUCCAUAAAUGUACUCUCAUGGUCACCAGUAGAGACGGUCAUCUGCUUUACAGUCAAACAUUUGAAAAAGAAGCUCAAGAUAUAUGUCAAUGGAUCGAUUUGUAG